AACUUCCAAAAUAUACGAAUGUCGUUUUCGCCGUUUUCCAUUGCCUCUGCAACGCUGUAACUGAGAUCUUAGGAAGGGGGCAGGGGCUCUGAACAAGCAAGCAUGGUGCACGUCUCUUUCUACCGCAACUAUGGGAAGACUUUUAAGAAACCACGACGUCCCUAUGAGAAGGAACGUUUGGAUGCUGAGCUGAAGCUUGUCGGAGAGUAUGGGCUCCGUGCCAAGAGGGAACUCUGGAGGGUUCAGUAUGCACUGAGUCGGAUUCGUAAUGCUGCUAGAAUGCUUCUCACCCUUGAUGAGAAGAACUCACGCCGUAUUUUUGAGGGUGAGGCGCUUUUGAGGAGAAUGAAUAGGUAUGGGCUGUUGGAAGAGAGCCAGAACAAGCUCGAUUAUGUGUUGGCCCUCACCGUGGAAAACUUUCUCGAGCGCCGCCUCCAGACUCUUGUUUUCAAGGCUGGCAUGGCUAAGUCCAUCCACCAUGCCAGAGUGCUCAUCAAACAGAGGCACAUUAGGGUUGGGAGGCAGGUGGUCAAUAUUCCAUCGUUCAUGGUGAGAGUUGACUCGCAGAAGCACAUUGAUUUCUCACUCACAAGCCCCUUUGGUGGUGGACGCCCUGGUAGAGUGAAGCGAAAGAACCAGAAGGCUGCUUCCAAGAAGGCUGCUGGUGGGGAUGGAGAUGAAGAGGAUGAAGAAUGAGCUGUAAUGUUCAGUGAUAGUCAUUUUCAUUUAAUGUUAUAAAUUUUGGUCAAGAGUUUGUAUUGUUGAUCUUUCAAUCUGUUUCAUAUCGUAAGAUAAGAUGUUUCUGUGGAUUUUAAAACCAUGGAGUUCUCUUUGGGAUAUGUUGUUAGCUGUCCUGGUUUUAUGCCUUGAAGUAAAUUUAUAGUUUUUAUCCGCCCC